AUGGGGUAUCUUCCUCCCGGCAGUAUCCUGGGACCCACCCACAUGCCGGGGGACUUGGCCGACCCGUUCACACACAGAUCAGCAAUAUCGCUUGUGCCUGUUCAGAAAUGUUUUCGUCCCGAGGACUUCGCUGCUAGAAAAUUGGUCGCCGUUGACGCACGCCAAGGCUGCUUCGCGGCCUGGUCACUCAAACACUGGUUGAAAAGCAAGAUCGUUGAAAGCUUGCAAAACUAG